CUCUAGAGUGCGCCGUGUGAGAGCCAUACAUGCCCAUACAUGCUCAUUUAUUUAUUUCUAAAUCAGAUGGCAUACGUCAAAAAAUGCUGAAGUUGUUGAAAACAGGACUGAGGAACAUGGCAACAACUAUGCAGCAAACCAGCAACAGAGCAACUUCUUGAUAGUUAAUAGUUGAUAAGCAACUUGUUUUAAAAUUGGCUUCAACAAAUCAACAAGCCUAAAAAUGCAGUUGUGGAGGAUGACCCCAACACUGGGAAAAAUGGAAUCGGACGUGGAGGAUUUCCAAAUGAAGAUGGAAUCCUGGAGUGUGAUGCAGCCAUAAUGGAUGGUGAUGGAUGCAAAUUUGGUGCUGUUGCUGCAGUUCAAGGAAUUGCUACUCCUAUCUCAGUUGCAAAGUUGGUAAUGAAAAGAUCUCAACAUAGUAUUUUGGUUGGUAAAGGAGCUCAACAAUUUGCGAAAGAUCAUGGAGUUCCUGUGUUAAGCAAUGAAUUGUUGCAAACUGAGAAUAGUAUUGAGGCGUAUAAGGAAUUUAUGAGAAAGAAGCAGAAGGAAAGUCAUGAUUGUACAGCCAUUGGUCAUGACACAAUUGGAGUUCUUGUGAAAGAUUUUCAGGGCAAUUUUGCUGCAGGAACCUCAACAAGCGGUAUGCCAUUUAAAUCUUGUGGUCGUGUUGGAGAUUCUCCACUCCCGGGAGCUGGGCUCUACGCUGACAACGAAGUCGGUGCAGCGGCAGCUUCUGGUGAUGGAGACCAUAUUUUACGAUUCUGUCCGAGUUUUCAAGUUGUCCAGCAUAUGAGAAAUGGAAUGCAUCCAAAAGAAGCGUGUAAACGUGUCAUCAUGGAUAUUUGGAGACGCGUUGGAGAAAACAAAAUGUUUGAAAUAGCUCUGAUUGCUAUCAACUCAGAGGGCGAAGUUGGUAUGGCUAGUACGGUCAAUGAAUCUGCAAAUAAUUUUGGACCUAAUCCUUUCCCAGGAUUUGCGUAUUGUCUGUGGAAUAGCGAGCAGAAACGAUCACCACGUGUGCUUUGCGAGCCUCCACUUGUGUGGAGUGAUUUUCAAAACGAAAAACCAUAACUGUUUGCUUAACAUAUGUCUUGCUGUAUCCGCACUUUAUCCAACCCAGUGAACUGUAACUGAUCCAACCUCAAGAAUGUUCAAACAACAAGAAUGUUAAAAACAAACAAUUUUAUCCUUUACUAUGAUACAAACGUGGGCUAUGCAGUAACGUAUAUAUAUAUAAUAUAACUGCAUGUGCGCAAUUAAAGUCUGUUAAUUGUUAAAUCCAUAACGGACAAAAUAGUAUAAGUCAUCGUCAGUUAUAUUCCUUGUUUGUUUGCUUUAAAUAUACGACCCAUAUAGACGCCCUUUAGGAAGAAGAGCAGGUGAAUGAUUUCAACAAAAGUUUUCCGAAUUUCUGUAGUUCUUGUAAAUUUAUAGUUCAGUAUGAGAUCAUGUAAAAAUAUUAGGGACUUAUUAU